GUCUUCUUCACCUCUCCAGAAUCCAUCGACGCACAGUCCAGUCCUCCUUCAUUCGCAAUUAUACACAGGCCAAAAUCACCUCUCCAAUCCAGCAACCACACAGCGAAUUUGAUCGCUGCUAAGGAAGAGCUUCACAUCAACUUUUCAGGAGACUAAGUUUUUCCGCCAUGGGAGGAGGCAACGCGCAGAAGUCGAAAAUGGCGAGGGAGAAGCACAUGGAGAAGAGUAAAUCCGCCAAAGGUAGUCAAUUGGAAAUCAACAAGAAGGCGAUGAACAUCCAGUGCAAAGUGUGUAUGCAGACGUUCAUAUGCACAACAUCGGAGGUGAAAUGCAAGGAGCAUGCUGAGGCGAGGCAUCCCAAGGCUGAUCUCUACAUCUGUUUUCCUCAUCUCAAAAAGUAACAAAUUUUUUGAUUCUGCCAUUGCAUUCUUCUCUCCUCUGCUCUUGCUGUGAAUUAUGAUGAUGAUUGUUCCAUCUAGAGUCUGUAGUUGAAUUCGAUUAUCAGUUGAAGGUUGGGUUCAAUCUGGCCAUUCAAGCUGUGUGCUUUACAAUCUCCAUUGAAACCUUCAGUACUCUCUCUCUCUGUAUCAAACGAAAUUAUAUGUUGUGGCUUA